GCCAGGUGGUUGGCCAGUAUCUGGACCAAAGAUAAAUGGAACUUCUACGUACUAUGAAAUUAGUGUAUGUAAUCCUCUCAAUUAUACUUCAGCUUCUCUUAGCCAAGGUUGUCCAAAAAGUUCCAUUUGUCAAAUUUCAGGUGGAAACGCACUUAGUUUUGGAAAUGCCAUUGAAACACGUUUUAAUUAUUUAAUUUUGGACAAUGAUGACAAUGGUUUUACACUAUAUGUUCACACAUAUAAUUCGUGUGAUUCACUUUUGAACGAAAUUCGAGGAGCUGAAAUAGAGUUUGAAUGUGGACCAAAUCUUGGCGCACCAGAACUUAUAUUUUGGACUGACUGUAGACUGAAAUUUUGGUGGAGAACCUCAGCUGCUUGCUUCAACAAACCCAAAUCCCAUCAAGUUCCUUGCUAUGUCAUUGAUCAUGAAGUCAAUGUUUGUUCUGAGAUAUCUGGUGAUGAAGGCUGUGGCUCAAACUCGUCAGCAUGCAGAGUUGAUUGGAAUAAUUAUUUAUCAUUUGGAAAACCUCAUGGGCGCCUUCAAUACACCCACGAAGGACUAAUUUUGUCUUAUUUAGCAGAUGAAAUAUAUUCACAGCCACCUAAGGGAUGUAGUCUCAUACCUAAGACAACCAUUAUAUUUAAAUGUUCUCCAAGACAUCAUAGUAGUCGGCCAGCAUUGAUAUCUAACUAUAACUGUCAGUAUAAAGUAGAGUGGUAUACUGAAUAUGCCUGUCCUCAAAACUUAAAAGGAAGUUUGGAAACUUGUCAGUUUACAAGAGAAUCUCAUGGAGUUGAAAUAGAUUUAACGCCUUUGAAAAGGAAACCUGUUUUUAAUGUUUCCAGUUCAUGGUCCGCUAGGUAUUCCACAUAUGCUUUAAGUGUUUGUGGUGGACUUAGAAAUUUUAUUUGCAGUGGUAAAAAUUUGAAAUCAACUGCUGUUUGUGCAACUAAACGAACAAAUUCAUCUGUGAUAGUUGAUACGACGGAAGGAUCACAUCUUGUAUAUUCACAUGGUAUAGUGACUUUAACUUAUCCUAGCCGAGAAUCAUGUGAUAAUGUUACAAAUCACUCAACUGUAAUAAAAUUUCUUUGUGAUUCUAAAGCUAGUAAUAAUGGAGUUGGGGAGCCUUCUCAUUUAUCUUCAGAUUCUUGCACUCAUAUAUUUGAAUGGAGAACAAAACAUGCAUCAUGCCCAAAAGGCGCUUUAGAAGUUGAGGGUGCUUCGAUUGAGUGCAUGGUACAAGAUCUAUUUUCUCAUUUAAUUUACGACGUGUCAUUAUUAUCGGCUUAUGAGAAAAGUUGGGUACCAGUUGCAAAUAAAGGUAAUAAAGAAAUGGGGAUCUAUUUGAGUGUUUGCCGACCUUUCGCUGAGCCGUUAACUUGUGACGCAAAAGCUGCUGCAUGUAUGGUUGAAAAAGUUGGUGAAAAUGAGAGGGCUGUUAUAUCUAAUUUAGGACAGUCAAGUACUCUUCUAGUUUUAGAGGGUCCUGGUCAUCUUAUUCUUAAGUACACUAAUGGAAAUAUUUGCACUGCAUAUGGUAAAAACGUUACUUAUUCGACAACAAUACAUUUUGUCUGUGCAGAAGAUAAAAUUGGAAACAAUUAUCUACAGUAUUUAAAUAAAGUUGAUGCAUGUGAAUAUGUUUUUUUCUGGUCAACAAAAGCUGCUUGUUCGACUGGCAUUGUGCAGUCUUUUGAAAGUUGCCAGCUUACUGAUCCUGAUUCUGGUUUUACUUUUGAUUUGACUCCUCUUUGGAAAUCCAAUGAGCCAUACAGAGUAAAGGUAGACUUUAACACUACUUACCAGCUUAAUAUAUGUGGUAGAGUGGUAUCUGGGUGUUUAUCCUCUGGUGGGAAACAACAAUCUAAACGUGUCAGUGUGUGUCGAACUGAUUCAAAAGGCAAAUUAAUAUAUAACAUAGCUGUGUCAAAUUCAUAUUUCCUUAGCUAUUCGACUGGAAGUGAUUUGUCAAUCUCUUACCAACCUGAUGGAGUUUACGGUAGGGAAGUAAUAAUAAAGUUUCCAUGUAAUAAAACAACAGCAGAUCUAAAUCCGAAAUUAAUAACUAACGAUUACAGGAAUGACCAAUUAAUUUUCGAGAUGAAGACAUCUCUUACUUGUAUCCCUUCACAUUUUGACUGCAAUGUGAUUGAUGAAUAUGGUAAUGAAUAUGAUUUAAAUCCUCUUGCAAAAUACAGGAAGAGAAAUUGGGAGGCUAUUGACAAUAGACCAAGGUAUUCACAUUUAAGAUACCAUAUAAAUUUUUGUCGACCAUUGAACAAGGUAUCAUCUUAUAUAUGUCCUUCUGGCUCUUCCGGAGCUUGUGUAACUAAUGCUUUGCAAAACGAAAGUAUAGGUCAUGAUCUCGGCUCUCAGUUGAAUAAGCCUUUUGUUAAUAGUAAAGGUAUCAUAGUUCUUUAUUAUACGCAUGGAUCUUAUUGUCAUAAUGGUGAAUUCAGGCGUAGUACAAUAGUAAAUUUGUUCUGUUCUGGAGAACAAGAAGAUCUAAAAUUUAUAGGGGAAACACCAGAAUGUGAAUAUAUUUUCUCAUUAGCAACUCCUGUCGCAUGCCCUAUUCAAAGCAGUGUUGGCAGUGCUUGCUCAGUAAAAGAACCUUUCUUUGGAUACAUUUUCGAUUUAAAUCCUCUGAAGAGUAAUAAUAAAUAUAAUGUAAUGGUAGGUGAAUAUAAAUUCUAUUUCAGUGUUUGUCAUAAAUUGAAUGGCUUACAGAAUGCAUGUGUUAAUUCAAGUGCUUGUCAAACGAAACCUAAAGAUCCUGCAUUUUCAAAAAGUCUUGGUCUGCCGAAUGAUCGACUUAUUUAUCGAAAUGGAAGAAUUUUGCUUAAAUAUACUUCAGACACAGACUACCGCGAUGGGAAAUGCAGUUAUUCAACGGAAAUUACUUUUACUUGUCAGCUUGGCCCUGAAGAAGUUGGACCAUAUUUUGUAUUAGAAAAUGAGCACGGUGCAUAUUAUGAUUUAAGCAAAUUAUCUCUACGUAAUGGCAAUUAUUAUGUUAAACAUCCUAUAUAUGAAAAACAAUUUGUGAUUAAUGUAUGCAGUAUUGUGGUGCACACGCCACAUUCUGUUUGUCCUUUUGCUUCGGCUUCAUGUUUAGUUGAUAUUUCAAACCAUCCUGUUGAUGAACCUGUAAAUCUUGGUAGAAUUAGUCAAGGACCAUAUAUAGAUAAUGGUAAGAUAAAAUUAAAGUAUACUUCUGGAGAUCCAUGUGAUGCAGAAGGAACAGAAACGAUAAGAUUCAUGCAGACAGUUAUUGAAUUUAUUUGUGAUCAUAACAGCAUAGACAGCAAGCCAGAAGUUUUAGGAACAGAAGGAUGUAUAUAUUAUUUUGAUUGGCAUACAGUAUAUGCUUGUGAAAGUGAAUCAAUGAAGGCCUCUGUUAAUUGCACAGUUGAAGACCCUUUAACUGGGUAUUUGUUUAACCUCUCACCUUUGAGAAACCGUGGAUUAUUCAGGUAUGAAAAAGAUAAUCAUCAAUAUUACCUCAGUGUGUGUGGUAAUAAUGAUUCUAGUCCAUGUGGUGCUGAUUCAGGCAUGUGUGAAGAAGAAUUAAAUGGCAUAAAGCGACACUGGAGUGGUGGAAAGCUGAACAGUCACUUGAUAUACAAUAACGGAAUUAUAUUUUUGAAUUACAGUGAUGGCGAUCCAUGCCAUAAUGGUAAUUUUACUCGUAACACUUUGAUAGAAUUUCGUUGUGGACAUGGAUUAGGUGAGCCAAAAUUUUUAUAUAAAUCCCAUGAUUGCACUUAUUUUUUUAUUUGGAAGACUAAAUUUGCGUGUCAAACACAAUUACAUUGUGGUGUAGGGAUAAAACUUCCAAAAAACUCAUGUCCUCCAGAGGCAGCAGUUUGUCGAGUUCAAAACAAUGGAUCAGCAGAGAGUUUAGGAAGUGUUCAGUAUGCACCAUUUGUUGAUUUUAUGGGCCAUGUCACUGCAGUUUAUACUAAUGGAUCCACUUGUGUAAAAAAUUCAAACUUUCAGAAUCAUGCAAGGAUCAUAUUUUUGUGUGAUAGUGAAGCUGGAAUAGGAAAGCAUGUUCUUCUUACUGAGGAUGAUGAGUGUUACUUUAUUUUUGAAUGGAGAACUAGCAUUGUAUGCCCAGUAAAGCUCAUCAGUGAUUCUAAAUUCACAUUUUCUAAUAAUACUGAUGACAGCAGAAAUGUAUAUUUCAAUCUUCUCCCACUUCAAAAGACAGGAACGAAGCCAUAUUAUGAGGUGACUGAUGGAAAUUCUUCUUAUUUCUUAAAUGUAUGUGCUACUCCUGAGAUUUCACAUCUUGCUAACUGUAAAACUUCCACAAUAUUCAAAAUAGAAGGAAAUAAUGUUCGUAAUUAUGGAGUUGCUGUAUCGCAGAAGAUUACAUACGAUGGCAUAAGAUUAAAAUUGACAUUUUAUGAUGGAGAUCCUUGUCCUUCACAUUCUGAGACAAAUUUAACAUCAGAAGUGCUUUUUGUUUGUAAUCCAUUUGUUGGUAGAGGAGAACCUGUGCUUCACAAGAAGUAUAGUUGUAUGACUGUAUUCCUGUGGGAAACAUCAAUAGCAUGCCAAAAAUUGCAGAAUCAGUGCUCUUUUGAUUUUGAUGGAAGCCAUUUUGAUUUUAGUCUUCUUUCUAGUCUAUCAUAUAAUUGGAACACAUCGGACAGUAAAAACACUACUUGUGAUGCAUUUAGUUCCACUUUAGAACCAAUAGCUAUCUGCUGCAGACAGUUAGUAGAUAAACGUGAUGCUGAUGAAAGAUCAUAUGGUUUCAAGUUAUAG